CCCUUUUGGCACAUCCCAUGACACAAUAUAAAUAGAAAUAAUCCUAUCCAUAACACCGAUCACAAACCCAAUUAGACGUAAAUUCUUUGAAAAUAUAAACCAGAAUGCUUAAAUUGCCGGAAAGAAAACUCGACCCAAAAAAGACCAGUCAUCUAUGCAAAUGCCGACCAAUUUGCAAGAGUCGCAGAAGAGAGUGGAAAGGUGAUGUUCAGAACACCUCAGCUGAGUUACUGCUGGAGAGGAAACCUAAGCCGGAGUGUUUCCGCCGAUGGCCGACUAAAGUAUACCCAAACAGCCCAUGUCCAUUAUUCUCUACCACUCGUCGUGUUACGGUCAAGGAGAGGGGAUAUAUUCCCCCUCCCGAGGUGGUCAGGAUAUGCCAAGCGCCUAUUGACGAUACUGUCGAUACCACCUACUUGAGACUCGCACAGCUUGCUAUGAAACUUGGUGCAUGGGACGCAGUAAAAUCGUGCUGUGCAUUCUGUGAGUGCAACAAUUGCUGUCCCUGUUCCACACACGGCUACUGCUUAUCGGAGGAGUGCGAUAAUACACGAUGGCACGAAAUGCGACAAUUUGAUAGCAGGGUUAAGCGAGACUGUCAGGAUAUGAAGAUUAUGUAUCACUAAAAUAACAAUUCCCAAUAUUUAAAACGUGUUUCGAUCAAAAUCUGUGUAUGAGUUAAAAUUUUACAAUCUGUAUAAAUGUGAAGAGACAAAACUCGCAAAAUUAAUUAAAGCUAAAACUAGCUUUGCUCACAGGGCUAUUUUUGAUGCUGGGUUCUCUUGCUCACAGGGCUAUUUUUGAUGCUGGGUUCUCUGGUCAUAGUCGAAGAAAACGAAGUAGCUUAGUUUAGAUAACUCGUUCAUUUUAUUUUACACCAUUGAAUUAUUGAUUUUCCAUUUCUCGCUUGAAAUUGUCACGGUAAUAAAUAUGAAUCCGAAAUAUA